GAGCUUACAGCUCACAAGACUGUCAUUCCCAUUAGCCCCCUUGGGGCGGGGAUGGCAGACCAGAGGCCUAGCUUGUGGCUAGGCCUGGGGACAGUUGGUCCCAAAGAUGAGGAGGUACUUGUGCCUCCUCCCAUGGAGACUUCGGUCUCAGACACUCCCUAAAGAGGGAGCCAAGGCCGGGCCACCACUUGGAAAAGGCCCGGGCCGGGAGAAUACCGGCGAAUCUUUAAUAAUAAUAAUAAUAUUUAGGCACAGGAUGAAUCGACAUGGUGGUCGACAGAUGCGAAAGAGCGGAAGAGGAAAAGCUCACGCUGGAAAAGGGAGUCAAGGAAGCUGUCAGCAGCAAAUGGGGCGACGGGAAAGAUUUGAAGCAAAUGCUGAUUCGGCAGCAGCGAGUUUUAGUGAGGUACUGGAAGAUGAAGCUCUGCAAAAACUUGAAAUUAAAGAUGAAAGUGAUGAAUGUGAGUUCAGCAAUACCACCCAUUUAAAUAGCAAACAAGUAGAAGAAAAUAUAGAAGAUGAAGAGGAUGAUGACGAGGACAACAGUGAUUGUGAGUCCAGGUACGAAAUGUGUAAUAUAAAUUACCCUGUGGCCAUGUGGGACCUGCAACAUUGUGACCCAAAGAAGUGCUCUGGAAGGAAACUGGCUCGUCAUGCCAUGGUUAAACUCCUCAGACUUGGCCAGAGAUUUAGCGGGCUAGUUCUUACUCCAGUUGGAAAGAAAUGUAUCUCACCAGAGGAUGCAAGUAUUCUCCUGCAACAUGGCAUUGCUGUAGUGGAUUGCUCAUGGGCAAGGUUGUCAGAGACUCCCUUCAACAGGAUGAAAACAGCUCAUCCAAGGCUCUUGCCUUAUCUUGUGGCAUGUAAUCUUAACUAUGGCCGGCCAUGCAAGUUAUCAUGUGUAGAGGCUAUUGCGGCCACUAUGUAUAUUUGUGGGGAAAAGAAAGGUGCCGAGUUAUAUUUGAGCAAGUUUAAAUGGGGUAAAACUUUUAUAAAAAUCAAUGCAGAGCUUCUGGACAAGUAUAGUGCAUGUAGUACCAGUACAGAUGUUGUCCAGGUGCAAAAUGCAUACCUUGAGGAACUGAAGGAAGAAUCACUGAGAAUAAAAGACGAUAUUGAUUUACCACCAUCAGAAUCGGAGUCAGAUGAAGAGGAUGAGCAAGACAAAGAUGAAGGUCUAAGAAACUAAGGAAGAAGGCAAGUGUAAAGAUCAAGAUUGCAGCUAGACAAAGGAGUGGAUAAAGGAAGACAAGGUUGAAAGUCAUCAUUAUUGAUGAAGGCAAUUGUAAGCAUCAGAAUCAAAGUGAAAGUGGUUGAGGAAGGCGAGAGUGGGAGUUCAAGUCAUUAACCCUUAAACUGUCCAAACGUAGAUCUACGUUGACAUGUUUAGCACUCCGAACAUAGAUCUACAUUUUUUUUACAUGCUUUCAAAUGGAGAAAAUAAAGGUCGGAGCACUACGCACGGGAACAUAGAUCUACGUUUGGACAGUUUAAGGGUUAAGGAACAAGGCAUGUGUAAACAUAUGAGUCAGAAUCAAUUAAGUACAUGAAAAAAAUGAGGAUGGGAAUCCAAGUCACUGGGAAGGAGGCAAGUGUUUAUAAAUAGGAUCUUAUUCCCAGCUAUGGCUUGAGUUAGACGUCCAUAUGUGUUAUGACUUGCUGUCAUGUUAAAAACAAAGAAGUUCUUCAGUAUUAGUACAUUUUGUUGAAAUUCAUGUUAUAAAAUUUAUGUAAAGUUUAUGCAUAAGCAUGACUGCAGCAUUUCUUGGUUAAUAAAUAAAUUUUAUGU